AUGGUGUUUAUUCGUUGUAAUGAGUGUGACGAACGUGCGGUUGCAGAAGAAGCGCACGCUGCACGAGCGCGGUGCGGAGCUGGUGCGGUCGGGCGCGUAGGCGAGCGGGCGGUGAACAUGUUGUUUGUUCGUUGUAAUGACUGUGACGGCCGUGCGGUUGCAGAAGAUCACGCUGCACGAGCGCGGCGCGGAGCUGGUGCGGUCGGGCGCGUAGGCGAGCGGGCGGUGCACAUGUUGUUUGUUCGUUGUAAUGACUGUGACGGACGUGCGGUUGCAGAAGAAGAUCACGCUGCACGAGCGCGGCGCGGAGCUGGUGCGGUCGGGCGCGUAGGCGAGCGGGCGAUGCACAUGUUAUUUGUUCGUUGUAAUGACUGUGACGGACGUGCGGUUGCAGAAGAAGAUCACGCUGCACGAGCGCGGCGCGGAGCUGGUGCGGUCGGGCGCGUAAGCGAGCGGGCGGUGCACAUGUUGUUUAUUCGUUGUAAUGAGUGUGACGAACGUGCGGCUGCAGAAGAAGCGCACGCUGCACGAGCGCGGUGCGGAGCUGGUGCGGUCGGGCGCGUAGGCGAGCGGGCGGUGCACAUGUUGUUUAUUCGUUGUAAUGAGUGUGACGAACGUGCGGUUGCAGAAGAAGCGCACGCUGCACGAGCGCGGCGCGGAGCUGGUGCGGUCGGGCGCGUAGGCGAGCGGGCGGUGCACAUGUUGUUUGUUCGUUGUAAUGACUGUGACGGCCGUGCGGUUGCAGAAGAAGAUCACGCUGCACGAGCGCGGCGCCGAGCUGGUGCGGUCGGGCGCGUAGGCGAGCGGGCGAUGCACAUGUUAUUUGUUCGUUGUAAUGACUGUGACGGACGUGCGGUUGCAGAAGAAGAUCACGCUGCACGAGCGCGGCGCGGAGCUGGUGCGGUCGGGCGCGUAAGCGAGCGGGCGGUGCACAUGUUGUUUAUUCGUUGUAAUGAGUGUGACGAACGUGCGGCUGCAGAAGAAGCGCACGCUGCACGAGCGCGGUGCGGAGCUGGUGCGGUCGGGCGCGUAGGCGAGCGGGCGGUGCACAUGUUGUUUGUUCGUUGUAAUGAGUGUGACGGACGUGCGGUUGCAGAAAAAGAUCACGCUGCACGAGCGCGGCGUGGAGCUGGUGCGGUCGGGUGCGUGGGCGAGCGGGCGGUGCACAUGUUGUUUGUUCGUUGUAAUGAGUGUGACGGACGUGCGGUUGCAGAAGAAGCGCACGAUGCACGAGACCGGUGCGGAGUUGGUGCGGUCGGGCGCGUGGGCGAGCGGGCGGUGCACAUGUUGUUUGUUCGUUGUAAUGAGUGUGACGAACGUGCGGUUGCAGAAGAAGCGCACGCUGCACGAGCGCGGCGCGGAGCUGGUGCGGUCGAGCGCGUGGGCGAGCGGGCGGUGCACAUGUUGUUUGUUCGUUGUAAUGAGUGUGACGGACGUGCGGUUGCAGAAAAAGAUCACGCUGCACGAGCGCGGCGUGGAACUGGUGCGAAGAAGCGCACGCUGCACGAGCGCGGUGCGGAGUUGGUGCGGUCGGGCGCGUGGGCGAGCGGGCGUCGCUGGGCGGACGACGCGCCCGGCCAGCUGGUGGAGCAGCACAGCGUGCAGCUGCUACCCGGCGGCGCCGCCGGCGCCUUCGUGCACGGCCUGGAGGACGAGCUCAUGGAGGUGCGUACGGCGGCAGUAGACGCAGUCUGCCAGCUUUCGAUGGAGAACCCGAUAUUCGCGAUCACGUCACUCGACUUCCUCGUAGACAUGUUCAAUGACGAAAUUGAGGACGUACGACUAAGGGCCAUCGACAGUCUUACGAAAAUCUCACACCACAUAAUACUGAGAGAGGAUCAGUUGGAGAUAAUUUUAGGAGCUCUAGAGGACUUUUCAAUGGACGUAAGAGAAGGCCUUCACAGGAUGCUGGGUUCAUGUACUGUGGCUUCAAAAACGUGUCUUGAAAUGUGUAUAGACAAAAUAUUGGAAAACCUUAAGAGAUAUCCUCAGGACAAAAGGUCUACAUUCCGAUGUGUGCAGCGAAUGGGCAGCUCUCACGCUUCCCUAGUACUGCCUCUAACAACGCGCUUGCUCGCCGUACAUCCAUUCUUUGAUAUGCCCGAACCCGAUGUGGAGGACCCUGCAUAUAUGUGCAUAUUGAUCCUGGUAUUGAACGCAGCGCAACACUGCACCACAAUGCUGCCAUUGUUUGAGGAGCACACAAUUAAGCACUACACAUACUUGCGCGACACUAUGCCGCACUUAGUACCGCAUUUGCCUAUUGGAGAAUCCCAGUUUUCACGCUCGGAGAGGAGCGAGACAGCGAUAGACGACAGUGCUGUGCGUCGUUUCUUCGACUCCGUGCUGCAGCACAUUGAUAACGUUACACUGUCCUCUAACGUGAGGCUCAAGAUGCUGCGCGCUGCUGAAGAACAGCUGAACAAGCUGUCGGAGAUGGAGCCGCUGGUGUGCGGCGCGGCGCAGUUCACGGCGCUGUUCGCGGGCUGUGUGCGCGCGCUGCACGACGCACUGCUCGCCCACGCCGGCCCACCGCCGCACGCGCUCGCCGACCUCACCGCCGACUGCCUGAGACUCCAACAUCAGUUCAGCGGCGUGUCAGAACAAGAGAGUGCGUGUGUGGGGCAACUGGCACUUCGCGUGGCAGCAGCUCGCUUAUGCGCUCCUGACGCGGUUGCCACGGCUACGGCCACUGGCACGGGUACCACCGCUACCACUACGGCUGCAAUGUCCGCCGCUGCCGCCCUCACUCAUCACGCCGAGAUGUUGGAUAGACUUCUAGCGUCUGCCGGUGUGGAACCGGACCCAUUCACCAUCGCAGUAUUCCAGUUGUUGUCGGGCAGCGAACACAAGCCGGCAUCCUUAGCGCGGGCUCUGAUGCCUCUACUGCAGGCUGCGCCACUACCGACCAUACCUAAACCCAAUCUCAAGAUCCGCAUGUGCUCGGCGAGCAUCCUGGAGCCGGCGAACGACAACGACACGGUGGUGCGGUUCAGCGCGGGCCUGAUCGCUGGCGUGGCGCUCGAGGCGGAGGUGGUGCGAGUGCGCGAGCCGGGCGCGCUGCGUGUGCGCGUCGCCUACCCGGACCGCCGCGUGCACGCGCUCGUGCCGCCGCGCGACCACCUGCGCCCGCUCGACCACCUCGACACAAAUGACGACGGUACACAGAACGUACGGCUGCUAACGAAAGUUUUAAUAUCACACGGUGUGUGGACGGAACCGUGUGGCGUCGAUAUAUCGAUAUGUCUGGCGGUGGAGGAAACCAGCGCCAGAGAACCGGCACCGCUCGUGGAGCUUUGUCGGCCAGUGCGGGUCACCGUGGCCCCGAAACCGAUCAAAAGGGGAAUAUAA